CGAUGCCUCUCCUGGACGCGCACUUUCAACGUAUAUUGUCAAGAUGGUCUACUACUUCACUUCGAAUACAGUCACCCCUUCGGCGUUCAUCUAUGUUGGCAAGGAUAAGGUAGAAAACGAAGAGCUCAUCAAGCAUGGCUGGGAGGAAGAUGUCUGGUUCCACGUCGACAAUCUUUCCUCGGCACAUAUCUACGUCCGCUUACCUGAUGGCGAGAGCUGGGAGAAGAUCAGCGAGCCGUUGUUGACCGAUUGCGCGCAGUUGACCAAAGCAAAUAGUAUUGAGGGCAACAAGAAGGAUAACAUUACGGUCAUCUACACGCCAUGGUCAAAUUUGAAGAAAGACGGGAGCAUGGCUGUGGGCCAGGUUGGCUUUAAGGACAACAAGAAGGUCAAGCGUAUACAUGUCGUGACCCGUGAGAACCCCAUCGUCAACCGCCUCAACAAGACAAAGGUUGAGAAGUAUCCUGAUCUCAGGGAGGAAAAGGAGGCCCGUCUACGAGAACUUAGAAAAAAGGACCAGGGCGCUCGUGAUGCAAGACGAAAGGAGGAGGCCCGCGUGGCCAAGGAACGGAAGGAGCUCGCGUGGCGGAGGGAUCAUGCGUACGACGACAUGAUGUCAGAGGACAACAUUGCUAUGUCGAGUAACCAGGACCGCGAUGAGGACUUUCUGGACGACUUCAUGUAGUUGAAGUUACCAUUCGUCUCAUUGUCCUUUUCGUAGGGGUAUACGGUGGGCGGGUGUUCAGCAGCGGCUUCGGUUGUU